UUUUGCCUCUUUGGCAACUGUGCUGGAGAAACCUACGAAGUCCAACCAUGUAAUGCGAUAAUUUGUCCUGCUGAAUUGACAACGGCAACUACAACAACGACAAAAACACCAAAGCCCACUACAACGACACAUCGAUAUCAUCACAACACUACACCACCUAUACCAGUCAUGACCUGUAGGAAUGGCUUCACAAGACUUGUAACGACCGGCUAUGAGACAAUGUGCAUACUUGUGUCCCAAGGGCAUGACGACGUGUUUUCGUGGGAAGCAGCUGAGAGCCACUGUGAACACCUUGGAGGCAGACUUGUUGUGCUAGAUUCCCACGCUAAAAUACAGAUGCUCAAACAGUAUCUACUUGCAAACUUCCACAAAGAAGGACAUGGUGCACCCCAUUUCUGGAUUGGAGCUAAAGACUUUGCCGGCAGGGACGUAUUCAAUUGGGUGUCAAAUCAACAUGCCGCAAUCACUGUGACGGACUGGGCUCCAGACCAGCCAAGCAACACAGGGGCUCACCACAAGGUCGAGGACUGUGUCGAGGUCAAGGCCGAUACUGAUUAUCAAUGGGAUGACAAGGAAUGUAACCAUGAACAAGCCUACAUCUGUGAGCAAGUGUAGGCUGGUUA